AUGUACACUCAUAUUUUAGGGGAAAUCAUAGGCUGUAGACUGUCAAGGGAGGAAGAGGACCAUUUGAAAUUAGAAGUUGAUCGAGAAAUAAGGGCUAUGCGGCCUACAGUAUCUCCAAACCUAUGCAGGUAUUUCAGUCAAUAAUCAAAGUGUAUAUUCUCUGUGCUGUUGUGCUGACCGCUUUUACUUUGUUUUGUGAUAUUCUAUUGGUCUUUUUGGGGGGCUGGUCAUUUGUUACUUGUGAGGGGUGGUGGGGGAGGGGGCUGUGCUCAUUCCGAGAAAGCUUAAAAGAUUUUCAAACUGAUCCCCCAGUUCAUCAUAGCUUUUUAGAAAUGACCUCCUAUUGUGCACAUUCUGAAUGUAACGUCCAACCUGUUUGCCAUGGAAACUACGAAUACCCUGGAUACAAAUCUUGCCGAAUUUCACCACAUACUUUUUCUACAGUGGGUGUUUACUAUUUAUGGCUGUUAUAUUCAAUUUCAUAUCAUGCUUGUUACUGCUUUGUCCUACUUUCAUGACAUUUAUUAAAAUGACCCCCCAGGUAAUGCUCCGUUGUCUGAAAAUGACCCCCAGCAAAAUGGCCACACCCUCUUCACAGGUAAUAAGUGACCAGCCCCUGAGAUCAAUAAUACAGUCGACUCCCAAUAAUUCGAACGUUCAAGGGAAAUAGAAAAAAGUUCAAGUUAUCAGGAGUUUGAGUUAUCCAGGGUAAAAUUAUAUAGAAAAUGAUCUGAAGGGAUAUGAAAAUUGCUUCGAGUUAGCGGGGGGUUUGAGUUAUCGGGAGUCGACUGUAUAUUUAUAUUUAUAUUAAAAUAUUUAUUACUGUCAUUAAAACACUACAUAAUAAUGCAAUUAUAUUAUUAUGUACCAAAAAGUAUUACUUAAGUAUUACUUAUAGAACAGGCAUUAUUUUAAUACUACUUUAUGUCGUCUCACAACUAGGCCUGUCACUAGGUUUUGGUGACCAGGGAUUUCCCCUCACUCACUCAGCUAUUAGCAUGACCCCUGGAUUUUACUUCCAUCCUAAAAAACAUGAGGAAAACAGAUCCAAAAGAACUUCCUACAUGUAGCUAUUUAAUUCCCUGGCCAACUAACUGCACAAACCUAGCAAUGUUAAAUCUUACUGAUAACCUUGCCUGAACACAGAAGUCAAGUGAGCUCAAGUGGUUCCCAAAACUGUAUACCAUAUAUGUAAAGGGAUACCAGCCCAUCUUGCUGCCAAAAAAUGGUCAACAAUGAGGAUAUUAUGGCAUUAGAAAAAUCUGGACAAAACCUAAUGACAAGAGUAGAUCCCACCAUUUAUAUACAGUCAACUGUCAGAACUGUGGACCUCCCUGGGAUUUCCAGUUAGUGUCAGCAAGAAUUUGUAAAAUAAGUGUCCUAGUCGGACAUCUGUGAAUUACAGUUGUAUCAGAGGCACAACAUGUAUUUUUUUACUUGUUAAAGCAUAGCGGCCACAAUUAAAGCAAGAGUCAACUGUGCAUGUCAUUAAGUAGACUGCGAGCAGUCUCUUUUUUUCUUCAGAUUUAGUGAGGGGAGUGCACGCGAGCGGCGAAGCGGCGAGAGGCGAGAAACGAGGGCCUUUCCAAUCUCGCGCCUUUAGUCACGCGCGUGGUCAUUUGCGUGUCUCGCACGGACUAAGUGAAAAGAGAGACUGCUCAUAGUCUAGUCAUUAAGGAGUUUAAGCAACCAAUACAACAAUGUCACAAAAGAAACCGGACUGGUUUGUGAGUUAAAGAAAAGAUUAGCAUGUGUAUCAUGCUUUUUUAUCGGUACCACUGACAGUGCAUUUCUUUCACAUCUACCGCAUGACUAUAUGGCAUUUAUGGCGUAAAACGUCCUAAUGCAACACUUUAUGAAGGAUGUGAACUUUCCAAUCUGGAUCUAUACAAUCUUCUGAUUUCAACCCCGUGAAAAAUCACUUAUGUCCACGACGGAUGCGAUAAAGUUUGAAAGAAAGAGAAUGCCAAUUUUUUUAGUGAUAAACUGCAGUCAUUGUUGUGGUUUCAGAUAAAGAUCCGUAUUAUAACAACAUAGUUAACUGCACACCCUCCGUUUUGCCUUGGAUAUAAAUUUCUAAACCAAGCUGAUUAAAGGCAGAUUAGAGCAAAUGUUAAUGGACUGUUAAUAUUAUUACUGGCGACAAAAAAUCAUAUGUUCUGUUUAAAGUGAAACCAGGACCCAGACUGAGUGAACUGGGUAGACCUAUUCCACUUAAUUUGUUUUAACUCAUCCUCGGUGUAAGAACCUGGAAAACUCACAAAGGAAAACAAAGAGGUCAACACAAUACUGAAUAGGACCUGGAAAAACAAAAGGUGCAAAACAAAGAAAAAGUUCACAAGUUCUUACACCGAGGUAAACCCUUUGUUUUGACAGAUUCGUAGUGACCCAUUUGGAAAAUGCUCCCCUGCUGUGUAUCAUUGAACUGAAAAUAGGUGCAGCACCUAUCGGUGAGACAUAUAUGAACGGCAGUGAGGAGGUAAGACCCAAGAGAAGAAACUGAGAAAAAAAUAUGUCUAUUUUGUAAAUGUGUGAAUACAAAACAUACCAACAAGUGCAAACUAAAAGUACACUGCUCACUAGCUUUUGUUUAAAUUGUCAUACUUUUUAAUAUUGUCAGUCAAAGUUAGAAUUACAUUGUACAGGUCAUCGUAAUAAACAAUAUCGCAGGACAGUACUGCUCAGUAGCUUUCAUUUGAAUAGUCACACUUCAAGAUUUCAUCCAGACUCAAAAGUUGGAACCACUUCGUACAACAUAUAGCAUUUGAAUGAAAAUCAAGUCACCGAAACUAAUUUUGUCAGCUAAAAAGUCUUUUGAAUCUGUUUGUAAGGGUUUUCUGGGAUGCUUCAAAGAUUGAUUCCAAAGGGCUUUCUCAAACAAAAUCCAAACCUGCUAGUUCAAAAUUUGAAAUUGGUUGACAAUGUGUGUUUUUUUUUUUUGUUGUUGUUUGUAGGUUUUUGUUGUGAGGCGGAGGGAGCUUUUUGGGCCCUUGAUCCCACAAGAGAUCAAGGAACUUGUCCUCGCAAAAUACCGCGAGGUUAGUUUGAAAAAUAGUUGUUUGAAACUUUUCCAUAAAUCUUUAUUGCGGGAGACUAGAGGAGCGCGCAAUCCUAAUCUCCAGGUUACUAUUACACAUGCGUGGAACGUAGUAGCCAGCUUUCGUUUUAACUUUCGUUCGGACUUCCAACAAGAAUGAAUGGAAUGCAUAGAACGCAAGCUAAUCACUCGCGUUUGGACCUUCUAUCAGUCACACCUUAUUCCAGGAAAUGAAAAUUAAGGAGAAGUUUUUAAAUCAAGUCGCAUAAAUAUUUGUGAAUGUUACGAGGAGCAUAUUCCACGCCAUUAAUUAAGUGCAGCGUUAAUUUCCGCGACCUUGAUUUCCAUUAUUGUAGUUGCAAAUUCUCGAUACGCUUUUGACAUUCUUGACAACUAAGAAAGAGGAGUAAAUUAUCUGGGUGGAGAUCCGCUAGCAUCAGUGGAACUGUGAAGGACUCUCCACGUGGCCAGAUUUCUUCGCUUGAUCCCCUUGGUAUGUUUAGGGAAAGUACCACGAACAAAGUUUCCAUUUCGGUUACUUUGUUCCUGUUGUCUCAAGAAGUUUUGUUUCUCUUUGAACGUCGCGUUAAUUUCCUUCACCUUGAAAUGUUACCCUCUCUUUCGCGUUAAUUUCAUUGAUUCAAAGUCGUUUUUCAUUAAAUUCGCGUUAAUUUAAGUCGUGUUGAUCUCCAAUACUUUACUGUGAAACUCACAAAACCAUGAACACCAGAAAUAUUCAUGGAACGUGAUUGUGUUGCGAAGAGAAAGCCAAUAAGGCGUGAGAAACCUAAAUCGCAAACAGCAAUAGUAGUUAAUUUGUGGUUUUCUGGUUUGCGCGCAUGUCCUGAACUUCAUUGUGAUUGGUCACUACCCAAUCAAAAUUCCUGAAAUUUUUCAGCCGUUCACGGUUUUCUGAGUUUGACUGUAAUUUCAUGGAGUGUAGCUAAAUGUCGUGGGGUGUGGGUAUGGGUCGUGGGUAAAAAAAAAGUUUCCAAGAAAAAAAUUAAAUUUAAGUAGCAAAAAGUUGUAAAAUUCAUGAAACUAAAGUCUCCGCGUACACACCAGAAGUCCUAUUCCCCUUCCCCAAGUUGAGCAAAGCAAAUAAGCGAAUCCUUUAGUACAAAUAGACACUAAAGACAUUUAGGCGAAAAAUAUAAGAAACUCUGUACACUAUGUUAACCUAAAGCGGGCUAAAGAAAAAAUGGAGACUGAGGCUGCUUUUUCUCAAAGAUGUCAACAUUCUUGACUGAAACGUCCUUUCAGUUUAAGGAAUGAUAUUCAGAAUCGUUACAGCAAAGAUUUUGUACACAAAACAAACAAAAAGAAUCGAGAAAAUCAUAUUUCCCUACGGCAAUAAAAUUUGCAUACAGUCUCGCCUUAACUAAGCUAAGAGACAUAAAACUUCUUUAAGAAAGACUUCUAUCCAAAAAUAUGAAAUAGCUCAGCUAGCUCAAAAUUGUCCUUUUUUCCCCUCACUUCCCCUCCCCUUUCCCACGGUGAUCGCAUUCCAUCGGGUUAAAAAAUCUCCGCUGAUCAUUGGAAUUGUUGGUCGAAUUAAGAUUAGUAGUGAACAGUUAUUUCCAUUCAGCUAGUCAGAGCUGUCCCCUACUUUCUGCAAAUUGUACGUUUCGGCAUAUUUUACAUCUUCUUUUAUUUCACGGCGAUCGCUCAGGUAUGGAUAAAACUUCAUGGGCAACAUGUCUCUUAUACAGUGAUGUUGUGAAAGGGGAAGUCCCACGUGGCCAAGGAAAAAUCAGGAAGAGGACGAAGAAGAAGCCGUGAAAAGGGCAACCAAAGAGUCUAAAAAUUUUCGUUCCAUAAUUUCUACAAUUUUUUUCAAUUACUUUACUUUAUCAUUUUUUUCUAUACUCUUUUUACCCACGAUAUUUACCCACACCUACACCCACGACCCACGACCUCUACCCACUACCCACACCCACGACUUUUAGCUACACUCAAUUUCAUUGAGCGUUUUUCCUAUAAUAAGGUAUAAGGGACAGACAAUUUGAAAAGUUAUGGGGAGGGUGGGGAAUGUUCGAGCUGCAUGAUUUUUUUUUUUUGAAAACAUUUCCCUUGCCUGGAUUUUUUUUUUUUUUCUUUGCAUGAAUUGCAUAUUUUUUAGGGUCUUUUAAUGUGCAUGAAUCGUUUUUCUUUUUGUUUUUUGUUUCGCGAAUAUUUUUUUGUUCUUCUUCCUCUCCCUCCCUCCCCUCCUCCUCACCUCGUCUUUUACGUGUUUGAAUCUUUUUUUUUUUUUUUUUCUUUUGCCCCAAUUUUUUUUUGUUCUUCCCCCCCCUCCCCCCCCCCCCCCCCCCUCCCUUCACCCACGCGAUAAGGUUUCUAAUGGUCCAUCCCUAAUCUGAUCACUAGUGUUUGGACCUUCUAUCAUGUGAAACUUACGCAAAGCACCGCGUUGGUGUAAGAGCGUUCUUGCCCGCAAUCCCUAACAUGUGGUUAUUACUAGCUAUUAUAAACUAGCAAUAACCAAAGAUUACAGAGCGCGGGCGACAACGAUCUGUAACCUUUGAUGAAGCGUUUUUUUACGCUUUUGCUCCAUCGCUGUGCUUUGCGUAAGUUUCACGUGACAGGUAUUCAAAAGACGCGUGAUCAGAUUAUGAGUGAUAGGAGGGCCAAAGGCGCGUGAUCAAAUUGCGUACUGUGCAUUUCAUUCAUUCUUAGUAGAAGUACAAAAGAAUGCUGGCUACAUACAUGCGACGCAUGCUUAAUAACAACCUGGAGAUUAGGAUUACUGAAUGUGUUUAAGCGAGAAACGUGAGGGCAUGGGUUGAAAACAAGAGAGGAUAAAGGGGACAGAGAAGGCAUCCCCCAUACACACCCUAUUACAUAGGUAAUUCGUUUCGAGUUAUUUUUAGAAUCGGGAUAAAUUUACAUUUUACCUUAAUUUACAUUUACCUUAAGUCAGAAGUAAGUAUUAAUGUUGCCUCAGGGGAAGGGAAGUUGGCCAGUUUCCCAGAAAGGUAAAAUGAUCCAAAUUUUGUACCAGUGCGAAUCAUGUAAACGUCACGUGACGAACGAACUCCAAAGGACGUCUACGGGGAGGCUAGUAAACGAGGAACGACCUCUCCACUCCUUGUGAAAUCGGCCUCCCAAUGGAGUGAACGGAUAGUGCGUGCUUAAUUUUCUUCAACAUCACCUUGGACUUGGGGCAGAAAAAGCAUGUACACGUGCAAACGCGCUAGGAAAUCAAAAUGUCACCACAGUAAGAAACCAGCCUGGUUAAAGUUUUCUCAUCCAAACACCACCUUACUAGUCCCAAUCAUACCAUGCCAUCGUUCGUUUCCGGCGCUUCUCCCUCGCUGCUAAAAGGAAACCGAAACCACUGCUACGCAGGUUAAAUAGAGAGGGAAGUGGAACGGAAUGUUAAUAGAAACACGUUACCUGACUACAAAAUUAUAGUAAAGAGAGAAAGUAGCGCAGCGGAGUUGCGUUUUUUUCCGUUUUCGCUCUCAACUCCAUUUGAACGUUUUGGAGUUCCUCCGGUUCACUUUUUGUUUUGGACCUCUUGUGUGACCCAAGACCUCCUGAUUUUAGCCACCUACACUUAGAGUACAGUAUGUCUCCAGCGUCCUUUAUUCGACAACCCCACAAUAUGUUAAAAUACAGUGGAACCUCCAUGUAUGACAACCACAUUGUUCCUAAACUUCAAAGUAAUAUAGUUUGAUUCACUCAAGAACCACCAUCUCUCGUAAGCGACAUCGACCAUUUGGGGGGUUGACGGUUUUACAAUUUUCCAUUGUUUUUAACGUAUUGUUGGCAAAUGCCAAAUGAUGAGUGAUCUCCACUGUAUGUAUUGAUGUCCACCGUAUGUAUUUUGCUUCGCCUAAUUACACGUUGUGCGACCACUAAAUCUUGUAUUUUGGAGAUUACAAUAAUAAUAACAAUAACAAUCUUUAUACAGGGAGCUCACUUCACAAAGAGUGAUAUUCAGUGAGGCCCUGUAAAACAAUAGAAAAAUAAAUGAUCCGUGUUAGAUUACUGAAUACGUAUACGUAGGCUCGAUUACCAGCCACUGUUCGGGAAAAUGAGCCCCCACUCAUCUCCUCUUCGGGGAGGAUCAAAGACGGCGGAAAUCGAGCCUAAUGAAUACGUAAUAGUAAUAAUAAGUAAAAAGUUAAGAACUAAAACCUCAACUUAUACAAGCUACAGAUUAAAAAUGUUAAAAUGUCAGUUAGAUUUAAAUAUUAAAAGCUAUAAAAUAUGUAGCUUUUAAUGUUCUGUUUCAAAAGAAGAAGAGAGUUCAUUUCUUUAAACGAUGCGUCUAAAAUGUUCCAUUCCUUAGCGUACUGAUAAAAAAAGUCUCUCCUUUUCGUAAUUCCUUUAAAAGAGAGGAAGACGGAAAUUGUUCCUUCUUCUAACAGUGUUAUAACCAUGGAUGUCUGAGUUUUUCAAAAUAUUAAAAUUGUGAUCCACGAGUCCGUGAAUGUACUUAAAAGUGGUUUGACUGUGAAAUUAACAUAUUAUUUUGCUUUCAACAGGAGAUAAGCUCAUCUGCUGGUCUGCUUAGCCCUGCUAAGGAGACUUAG